AUGGCAAUAACUUGCGACUGUCCGAUGUCGCAGCCGGGGCCGACACUUGCGGCGGCUUGCGGAGGUGGCGCUUUUAUGCUCUUCAUGGGCCUGCUUGAAGUUUUCCUAAGGAGCCAGUGCGAUUUAGAAGACCCUUGUGGUAGAGCGCAGUAUCGUCGGCACAUGGACUCUGUGUACGACUUUAUAGUGGUGGGCGGAGGGUCAUCAGGUUCAGUGGUAGCAGCCAGAUUGUCUGAGGUACCGCACUGGAGGGUACUGCUGUUGGAAGCCGGUUUCGACGAGCCAACUGGCAGUCAAGUACCGUCUAUGUUCUUGAACUUCAUUGGAUCCAGCAUCGACUGGGGCUACCGCACGGAGCCCGAGCCCGCCGCCUGUCUCGGUGAGGACGAGCGACGAUGCUACUGGCCUAGAGGAAAGGUUCUUGGUGGUACAUCAGCUAUGAAUGGCAUGAUGUACAUUCGUGGUUCUCGCAAGGAUUACGACGCGUGGGCUGCUGCCGGCAUCGAGGGUUGGUCUUACGAUGACGUAUUACCAUACUUCCUCAAGUCUGAGGAUAACAAGCAAGCUGGUGAGAUGGACGCCGGCUACCAUGGUACGGGCGGACCGCUCACCGUGUCGCAAUUCCCGUAUCAUCCGCCGCUGAGUUACAGUAUAGUGAAGGCUGGUGAAGAAUUAGGCUACAAAUCCCGGGACUUGAACGGUGAACAUCACACUGGAUUCGCAAUCGCUCAGACAACCAACAGGAACGGGUCCCGACUGAGUGUGGCCCGCGCCUUCCUCCGCCCGGCGCUCAAACGUCCCAACCUCCACGUCAUGCUAAAUGCAACUGUUACCAAAGUACUCAUCAACCAGAAGACACGACAGGCGUAUGCUGUUGAAGUUAGAAAUAGUUACGGCUCCAUGGAGACUAUAUUCGCUAACAAUGAAAUUAUAUUAAGUGCGGGAGCUGUAGCAUCACCACAAUUGCUACAACAGAGCGGUGUUGGAGAACAGCGCAUGUUGGCGCGAGCUGGCGUACCCGUGGUGCAUCCACUACCAGCCGUCGGUCGCAAUCUGCAAAACCACGUCACGCAUUUCCUCAGCUUCAGUCUUAAAGAUAAUAACACAGCGCCAUUAAACUGGGCCACUGCUAUGGAAU